UGAUCGGACGCCUCGAGUUCGUCGGAGAGGGUUGCGCAAAGUGUACCGGCGGAGACAAGAGAAAGAGAAACAGACGGACGGAAGAUGUUCUUGUGAUUCGGUGGAAGGAAAGGAAGAAAAAAAGAUUAGUAAUCGAAUAAAAAACAAAGAGAAAAUUGUCAGUGAAGUCUCUUCCUCUCUCUCUCUCGCAUCGUGCUCGUCGUUUCGCGAGGAUCCGAGGAUCGGGCGGGGCGCUGCUGAUGAAAGGGGCCUCCGAGGGGCGGCAACAAAAACAGGCCGUUCGCGUUCGAGGGUGAGGAUGGACGGAGUGAGAGAUACGUAGAGAUAUAGAGGAAGAGCGAGAGGAAGGGCAAAGGGUGAAGUGCGAAGUGAGGUGCCGAGGUGGUGGAGAAGGAGAACGGGAGAGAGAGAGAGAGAGAGAGAGAGAGAGCUAGAGAAGGGAGGCGGGGCUCGGAGGGGGUAAGAGCAGCCGCGAGGGGGCGCAAGGCAGACGCAGCGAGAGAGGAUAUUGACAUUUUCGGCCGCGGGGACGCGCAUUCGUGAGGGUGGCCAAGAGGGGUACGGGAUAGUCGGCUCUCCGUCCGAUCCUGCAGUAUCCAUGGCUACGCCGUCGGCGAGGAUUUGGCGCAAAACACCGGAAAUACCGUGUGCAUGACUACGUUUACGACGGUGGAGCGCGUACAGAGAGAAAAACUGCGACGGCGAUCCUCGACGGCAUCGACCACUUCGGAGAUCGUCAUUCGCCAAUCGACGUGAUCAUGCCAGGGAGAAGCUGAUGAAUUUUGACGAUCGCAAUGAUGUGACAAUAAAGAUACCUCUUUCUAAUCUCGAUUAUCUCGGGGAAUCGUCCCUGUUAUACAGUGCUUCCCAAACUCAUACCAUAAAGAGAACACGAAGAUCGCAAAAACCACCGGAAACGGUAUUUCGAAACUGGUGCCAAAAGUCGACAGACAAGCCAAGUGAAGUUCGUAUAGUGUGUCAAAAAGAAUUCAAAAGAGACGUAUAACGAAGAAGACGUAUAACGAAGUCAAAGAAAUUACAAAAAAACAAUAACAGAGAGAAAGGAAGAGAAGAGAACGUAAAUAUACAUACAUAAAUAAGGGAUCGUUUGUCGUUGGAGAAAAAAAAAAAGUAACGACGGUGUAAUAUAACGAAUAAUAAACAAAAGACAAAGGUAAAUUUAAUAAAGAGAGAAAGAUCUGGAUAGAGAAUAAAAAAAGGAUAGGAUCGCGAGAAAGGUGUGGUAUUGAGUGGAGGUGGAGAGACGUGAAAGAGGAAUUAGAAAAGGAGCGAUAGAAUGGGCAACAAGCUGUCCUGCAGCUGCGCUCCUCUUAUCAGAAAGGCAUAUCGUUACGAGGAUUCCCCAUGGCAGACCGGAGCCAGGGGUGGAAUCGGCGGCGGUGGAGGGCGCAGGGGUGAUACUGGCCACUUGCUCAGGUGCGGAAGCUUAAGAGAGAGGAAGAGGCUAUGGGCCGAAGUUUUCCAUGUGAGUGCCAGUGGAGCCGGGACUGUUAAAUGGCAGCAGGUCUCGGAGGAUUUAGUUCCUGUUAACAUCACUUGUAUCCAAGACUCGCCGGAAUGUGUUUUCCACAUAACGGCAUACAACAGUCAGGUCGAUAAGAUUUUAGACGUGCGGUUGGUACAACCAGGUACGAGGAUCGGUCAAGCGUCUGACUGUUUUGUUUAUUGGAAGGAUACUAUGACAAACGAUACAUGGGGCUUGAAUUUUACUUCCCCCAUAGACGCUAAACAAUUUAGAGAAUGUUGCUCACCAUCGUUCAAGAUUUCAAGGAAAGCGUCCUCUUCUUACUCGUUGAAGCUCGAACCACCGAACAAGCAGAAAAUCAAGACGCGUCGAAAGCCAGUCUCUACUCCUGCAUCGCCUAGCAGAUCAAGAGAACCUCAGUGCACGUGUAUGCCCCCAGAACAGUUUGCCAGAUUACGAAAUCAAGACGCCAGAUAUCGAGGUUCUUGUGGUGCUUCGACGCUUCCAAGAACCAUGGCACGAUCAACUGAAAUGGAAAUGACACCAGGUCGUGAGAAAAUAACGGCAGCCACAUCGAGCGCGUCGUUGUACGAUAAUGUUAACAACGCGAAUGCAACGCCAGGAAAAACGCCCAAGGGUAGCGAGGCGAGUAAGCCGAAGGAGAAACAGAAUGAGACGUGUCAGACAACACCAAAGACCGCGAACGUUGGCAUUGGAACGGUCACUGUUGGAUCGCAGAUCGACAGUCCGGAAGAAAAAGGCUCGACGAUUUCACCGAAGAAGUCACAAAAGAAUCAAGACACAUCCACUCAACAGAACGGUACCGAAACUUUGAAAUCCGAGGGGACGCAAGCAGGUGGCACGCUUCAGAAUAAAACCUUACGAAAGGAGCAGCUUCAUCAAACGAGAUCGGUCGAUUACACAGAACUGGAGAUGCAGAACGGUAACAUCUUCAAUAUCGUGAAUAACAACAACACCGGAAGAAAAUUAAAGAGCAAGAGCACCGACGACAUGAGAAUCGAGAACGCACAGAAUGGCGGAAUCAGCUUAGAUUCUAAUACGCUGAAGAGAAUGUUGAAACCGAUGUCGAGCAUCGACAGUCCCGUGACGUCACCCGAAAUGACGAGAAAGAGGCAUAGUCAUCAUAACUAUCAUUAUCAUCCGAGUAAUAACAAUCAGAAGUAUGUUAUGCAGGAGGCAGAAAACGAGAAUUAUUCGCAUCCUUAUCGUGCACCGUAUAACAACAAGUUUCAAGCUUCUAGGAGCGUUCACGACAUGGGUCAACAAUAUCCUGGCGGUAGAGGCAGGACGUACAUAGAUUCGGAACGUAAUCGGUGCACAGGUGAUAUGUCUCCGCCUUCGGAUAACGUCAUUUUCGAUAAUCAAUGUUACGCCACAACACCGAGUUCUUCCAAUGGUAACUCGGAUAUGGAACAACCAAACCAUUGCAACUCUCGUCGUUGCAACAGCGGCCAGACAUAUCAACAGCAAAAUAUGCAGUCGGUUUCGACACCUGGGAGUCCUACCAGCAGGCUUCUUUUAGAGUACGAAAGACAUUUGAGAAAUACUCUGGCCAAGGGCAUGGAUGCUGAAAGUUAUAGUUUGCGUACAUUCGAGGCUUUGCUGACUCAGAGUAUGGAGAACCUGGAAUUGGCUGAGAACAUCCCUUUGAACGUUCAACGCACACCGCACGUUUCGCGAAGACGAUUGAGUUCGAACAAAUCAUCGACGUUACCGCUGUCGUAUCGUUAUUGUACCGAGAGACAAAACAGCAAAGAUCGAGAUGGCUAUUACAGCGAUCGAAACGAGAUAAUAAGGGAAAAGAGAGAACGAGAGGUGGAUCGUGAUCGCGGCUACCUCAGCGAUUACAAUUCUCGAUGCGCCAGCUGUAUCGGGGAAUCGGCACGUGCUCAGUGGUUUAGGCAUUCGGAUGGUUGGCAAUCCGGAAGUUCGACGCUCGGUUCAGGUGCAUCCAGUUCAAUAAAUCCAGGUUAUUCGAGUCAUAAAAGAGAAUCUCCAUGGGACUCAUUGCCCUCCUUGAGACACGAAGGGAGUCUCAACGAUAGCGGCUACAAGUCCAAUCGAACGGAUUCCUUGGAACAAAGAGGUACUUUUGACAGACAGGACAGCGUUCGUUCCGAUUAUAUGUCCGACAGAGAUGGUAGAUAUGGAAUCGUUCAACAAGCAUCCUUGGAGAGUACGGACUCGAGGCUUUGUUACUUGACGUCUUCGGAGAUGUCGGAUGACGAUAGAAUGUCUCUUACGACUGCAGUCAGCGACGACGACGAUGGUGAAAGCGUCAUAAAUUCGCCCUAUCGAGGAAAACAAACUGGAACUGCUGCGGCUUCGUUCAAUUGCACCGGUGCUGUUAGGAAAGCAGGUUUCCUCAGCGUGAAGAAAUGGUUGUUACGUAAGAAGCAUCAAAUUGAGCUUGCAAGGAAAAGAGGCUGGAAGGGUUACUGGGUCUGUCUGAAAGGGACCACGCUUCUUUUCUACCCUUGCGAUUCGCAAGAAAGUAGAGCCAUGGAAGCGGCACCUAAGCAUUUAAUUAUCGUCGAUGGUGCUAUUAUGCAGCCAAUUCCGGAGCACCCGAAGAGGGACUACAUAUUUUGCCUGAGCACCGCUUUCGGCGAUGCUUAUCUUUUUCAGGCGCCGUGUCAAGUAGAACUCGAAAACUGGGUGAAUAGCAUACAUUCUGCCUGUGCAGCCGCAUUCGCUCGUCAUCGUGGUAAGACCGGGACUUUACAUCUUCUUCAGGAGGAGAUCUUUCGUUUGGAGAAGGCGAUAGAAUCGGAUCACAAGAUGAAACACAUGGCCGAUCUUCAGCAAUCCGUCGUGUCCGACGUCGAGACGAAGCAGCAGAUCAACAAUCAAAUAGUACAGUGGGAAGAAAAUCUGGAACGCCUUCAUUGCGAGCAAUUCCGUUUAAGAUGUUAUAUGGCCAGUUUGCAGAGCGGGGAAUUACCUAAUCCGAAGAGUCUACUGACACACGUAUCUCGCGCGACGAAGCAGACGUUGAACAAAUUGGGUGUCUUCACCGUGUCGUCCUUCCAUGCAUUCAUUUGCGCACGAAGUCCCUCAUUAUUGAACAAUUUGUUAGCCGGCCGUGGCGCUACCAAGAGAAGACCACCACUUUUAUCUAGGUCGAACAGCGGAUCUAGCCGAAGGUCACUCCAAAUAUCCUCUAGAGACGAAGAGAAGACUGUAAAGGUGUCCGUGCCGGAUAAUCAGCUCGUUUCGGUUUUUCUACGCGAUGCUAUGACGGUAGAAGAAUUUUUAGCGAGCGCUUGUAACAGGAAGAAUCUCAAUCCGAUGGAGCACUUCGUGCGGGUGAAGAAACGACGUGACAUGGAGGACCAUAAUUAUUUUGUACCGCAUAGAACCGAUCUGAUCGAAACUUACUUGCAUACGCACGAGAUCGUUGAGGUCUGCGCAAAGAUCUUGUAUCAGGUGGAAUUGCAAAGAAACACUUUGGAACAAAUGUGGGGCUUCUCCGUGGAGGCCGAACUCAUCGAAAAUUCUGAUCGACAGGACGAGCUUUGCUGCUACGUUAGCAGAGUCGAAGAUAAAAGUGUGGCCAUGCAGAACGGCAUUAUUAAGGGCGAUGAGAUCAUGGUGAUCAACGGUGCGAUAGUAAGUGACUUGGAUAUGAUGUAUUUGGAAAGCGUUCUUCAAGAAGAAGUCGGUCUCUGUAUGAUGAUGAGAUCCUCGAGAACCGAACCACCGGAUCUUACCGGAAUCAUGAGAGUCACCGAUGACAUCAUCGAAAGUCUGGUUUGUCCUCCUCCACCUUCCGAUCCGCCAGUCAUAAGCGAGGAAAUGAUAUCCGGCCUGAUAGUACCAGCUCCCGGAUGGAGCAAAGAAAGUCUCAUGCAAGAGUGUACGACGACCUCGCACAUAGAAAAUGGUAAGCAAACGUCAAGAACGAAUUCUUUCGAGAUUGAAAAUUUAUUAAAAACGGCGGAACAAGUAACGGGUAUUUGCCGAUCGCCCGGUGAGACCAGGAAGUCGAGUCCCACCGGAAGCGUCGUGAGUUCUCAUUCGCAAGCGUUAACACCAAGUAGACAGCUGAGCGACGCUGAAAAACUAAAGAAAGUGAUAUUAGAACUGAUCGAGACUGAACGAACUUAUGUAAAGAAUUUAAACAAUUUGCUGGAAAACUAUUUAGAGCCCCUUAAACGCGAGACCUUCCUAUCGAAUGCCGAGAUAAAUGCACUUUUUGGAAAUAUUCAGGAGAUAGUCACGUUUCAACGACAGUUCCUGCAAAAUCUUGAUCACGCAAUUGAGAUGGAGGCGGACUUUAACAGCUUUGAUCAUCCUAGUCAAUUUAAGGGUGUUCUGUUUUCCAUUGGAAGUGCCUUCUUAUAUUACGUAAAUCACUUCAAGCUGUACAGCUCGUUUUGCGCCAGCCAUUCGAAGGCCCAAAAAGUUUUACAUCCAAACGAAGGAAAUCAAGCUUUACAAGAGUUUCUGCAAGCGAGAAAUCCGCGUCAGCAGCACUCGUCGACAUUGGAAUCGUACUUGAUAAAACCCAUUCAAAGAAUACUCAAGUAUCCGUUGCUUUUGCAACAACUUAGAAAUCUCACAGACGAGCGAAGCGAAGAGCAUCAACAUUUGAUAGAGGCCCUUAAAGGUAUGGAGAAAGUCGCGGAACAUAUUAACGAAAUGCAAAGGAUUCACGAGGAAUACGGAGCUAUUUUCGAUCAUCUCUUCAGGCAACAUCAAAAAUCCUGCAAACAGCCGAUCGAUUUGAGUCCUGGAGAUCUUUUGUAUUAUGGCGGCGUCGAGUGGCUAAAUAUUUCGGACUUUCUUGGAAAGAUAAAGAAAGGCUUGGAAUUGCACGCCAUGUGUUUCGUUUUCAAAUCCGCUGUCGUGUUCCUGUGUAAGGAGAGAUUAAGACAAAAGAAAAAGCUCAUGGGAGUUUCCACGAAAGCGAAUUCCAGCGAGGUAGAAAUAAUCCGCUAUCAAGUUUUGAUUCCUGUCACCGAAGUUCAAGUAAGAGCCAGUUCCGCGAAAGAUAUGGAAUCGCAUUUCCUAUGGGAAUUGAUACAUCUCAGAAGUCAAUUACAGAGAAGAUCGGAAAAAGUAUAUGUACUUUCCAACAGUACGACGGAAUUUAGAAACGCGUUCCUAAAAACGAUUCGACAAAUCAUACGAGAAUCGGUCCGAAAUAUGAGCAUUCCUUCGACGAAACAAAAUCUGAACCAACCACCGAUGACGAUCGCACCUCGAAUGUCGACCGGCCACGUAGAAAAAUUUGAAAAGCAAGCGGUUCAGGUACAAGGUCAAAACGGUAAUGGUAACACGAUAGUAACUACGGGAACGUUGUCGAAAAAAGCUAUAAAACAACAAUUGUUAAGCAAUUCGCACAAUGCCAAGCGAAAGUACAGUCAUUCUAAACAAUCUGUGGAGCAUGAGAGUUCGGAAGACAAGGAUAUGGAGGAACCAGUUAUAAGUCAACAACAGAUAAUCUUUCGUACGAGAAGCAAGACCAUAAGCGAUACUUCAGGCGAAGUAAAAGUUGAAAUGGACUCGGGGACAAAAUCGGAAGGGGAGGAAGACUCUCAAGCUUUUUUAGGCGAGAAGAAGACUAAUCUGGGCCGUACACCGAAUCAUUUAACACUGAGCACUACUUCGACCAUUUCCGCAGGAAGUACUGGCAGCCAAGCCAGGCUCAUUCAGUCUUCUCACCAGCCAGAGAAUUAUCAACCCAUUACAGUAAAAGAGCUUGGUUCGCCAAUUUGGAAGCCCCGAGAAUUACCGUCGCUCGGCGAGGCGACGACGUUACCAAGAAAGGGUAAGUCGGCCAGCGAGUUCACGGACAUGACCUCGAGCCACAGCGCCUCACGGAAAUCUCUCAUAGAGAUCAGCAAUUGUGCUCAACAAUCUAAUUUUAAUAAUCACGUUUAAGUUUCAAACGUCAGGGACUAACUCGUUAAAUAAAGUAUCCGUUAAGUUCGAAUUAUCGAACGAACGAUGACUCUACUAAUGCAUAAGGCCAGACGACGACAAGUAAAAGGGGUAGAAAGAAAAAGAAAGAGAAAGAGAGAGAGAGAGAACGAGAGCGAGGGGCUGAUAAUAAGAAAGGCUAAGAAACACACGUUAUCACCAAGGCUAAUUAGCGUGUGAUUUAAUUUAGAAAUCUCGCUCGCCGCCCACGCGGUACGCAUAAACGAAACGAAACGAAAACGAAAUCCGCUCCUCCUCCUCCUCCUC